CAGCCAGCAGACAAAGCAUUCAGUUCUGCCUCUCCCAUUUCUUCAAUCCAUUCCUUCAUUUUUCCAAUUUUUCAUCUCAUUCAAUCUAGUUUUCUUAUUUAAUUUAUUGGUGGUGAAGAAAUUAGUACUUAGUUAUUGUAAAGGUUCAAGUUUUGCAUAAUUACAAUUUUAAAGUUAGUAGAUACCUAUUCGGCUUUAUUGAAAAAUGUUGGGCUUAACAUCAGCAUGUUCCAGGCUGAUUGGCGAUUUGGUGCACGCGCUGGGAGCAGCAAGAUCAACGUCGCAUCAUGAUACCAAACCGAAUGCCACUUGGAAGCCGCAAGAGCCACGGCUGCCAGUGGAUGACUUAAUGCUCCGGGCUCUCACUGCCGUGUUUGGGAUGGAAAACAACGGCAGAAUAAAAAAGGAGAAGGCGCGUCAGGUGGUGGAGAAGCUCGGGCUGGUGCAGGGUGAGGAGGAGAGGACUGGCUUUGACCUCCCCGGAAGUGGGCUUUUAGAAGAUGAGGUGCCGGUGGAGGAGGUGCUGGAUGGAUUGGAAAAUGGGUCGGAACGCAACCAGUUGCUGCUCGAAGCCUUCAGGAUUUUCGACGAGGACGGAAAUGGGUUCAUAGAUGCGAUGGAGCUGAAGAGGGUGCUGCAGUGCUUGGGGUUGGACAAUGGGUGGGAUAUGAGUGAGAUUGAGAAGAUGUUGAAAGUUGUGGACUUAAAUCUUGAUGGCAAAGUAGAUUUUACUGAGUUUGAGGUCAUGAUGAGAUAAAACGUAUAAAAUUCUCAUUUCUCA